GCUUUAUCGAGAGGUUUCCAGACCUUCUGAUUUCCGGACUCGCUGUCAGUGUGAUCACGGUCGUAUGUUUGAUCCUAGGGGAUCGCACAGAAAGAAGCUGAUCUGUCUACAAGGACGAAGACGCUGUUGGGACUCGGAGUGUUCUGGAUACUGGCAAAGGGCGACAGCGCGCACGUAACGGCUUCGUGUGCUGCAUUCCACUAUGGGUGCAUUCAUCAAGACCCUCGAUGUUGCAGACGGCCCUUCUUCGAUGACAUACUUCAAUAACGACACUUCUAACUUACAAAAGCUUUCGAUGCUGCCCUCUGAUCUCGCGCCUCCCUCAGGGAACAACACCAGCUCCUGCCAGUGCCCGGUUUGCUCUCCUCUUCCCACCACACAAAAAGCAAGUCCCUUCUUCGCAUCAUGUCCCUUCAAACAAAGCGAUGUGUUCCCCUCCUAUACUCCAUGGAAUACAAGUGUGAACACUCCUGCCUGUGAAAUGAACCAGACAAUGUUGCAGUCUACAUACUUCGAAGGUGCACAGUACCUUCAAACAUCAUCAGACGUUCUUUGCUGCUUCGAUGAAAGUAUCGAUGUGACGACGAGUAUCGAUGAGGUCGCUGCUGCAGACCAGUUGCAUGAGUCAGCUCUGGGGACUUCACCUACGACCGUGGAAUCUAUCAGUACAGUGGCAUCGAAAAAUGAGAGAAGAAAAGCGCAGAACCGAGCCGCACAGAGAGCGUUCAGGAUUCGGCAACAACAAGCACUCGACGAUGCGAGCAAGGAGUUGAAGCACUUGAAGGAACAACUUCAACAAGCUAAUGCUCUGAAAGAUCAUUUCAAGAGACUGUUCGAAAACCUUACCAGCAACCACGAGAGCUACAGAGAGUUGGGAAUAUGCUAGGUCAAGGUGUUUGCCCAACCAGUCAUGAAGGCGCCUUGGAGCGAUAAAACAUAUAUCUUGAUGACGUUUAUGAUGACCAGGGAAGUAAAAUUUGUCUUUGAUCUCCGUGGGAGGCUCUUGUUCAUAUCUUUACUAAGAAGGAUUGUACGGAGAAGAAUCUCGGACACCUCAGCGCGCUGCGGGGAUACAUAUCAAACACUUUGUGGGCACAAGAGAGAACCGUCCGGAGGCUUCAACGAAAAGAGAAUUAUUGGCCUUGGACACAAAGGGAAAAGGCCAUGGUUCACAGCGAGCCUGUUCCAGAAAA